AUUCUUGGUCAGUAAACAGACUUUUUGAACAUGAGGCAUGUUUAUUUCUAAGUCUACAUAAAAUUGAGAUUAUUAGUCUCUUGUUAACUUAAGAUAAAGCCAUGCUGUGUGGCAAUUUUUUUCAAGAUGAAAUCUAUGGGGAAAUCUCAAAUAUUUUGGUGACAAUCUCCAGUUAUAUAUAUGUGGUACAAUGAAUAAAGUUCUACAGAGCUGUUUAACCGGUUUUUGCCUCAAAUGCAAAUGAAGGGAGAAUUUUAACUUUUUGCUGGAUGUAAUUUUCCGUCGAAAACCCGGAAGUCCUUAAAUUCCUCAACACCUAUUGGCAAUCGGAAGUCUAAGAGUGAUCGAUCCUCCAACAAAUCUAACACAGUGAAUAAUGUGUCACUUGUCGAAGAAACAGCUAUGAAUCAAUCAGGUAAUUAUAACUAUUAUAAUACCUGUUUUCAGAUUGCACUGAGGUUUCACGGUCUUUCAUGGAAGACUUUUUUGGUUUGCCUUUACGUGUAAAAGAUCUUUUCCAUGAACUUCGCGGUGUAACAAAAUUAUACGAUUGGCAAAAGGAGUGUUUGAGUAUGACGGCUGUAGCAAACGGUGCCAAUCUUGUUUACAGUCUACCAACAAGUGGAGGCAAGACAUUGGUCGCAGAAAUUCUUAUGCUCAAAGAACUUCUAGUUCAUGGUAAAAGUGUACUUUUUAUUUUACCAUUUGUCUCAAUAGUUCAAGAGAAGGUUCGAUCACUCACUCCAAUGGGUUUGGAACUUGGUUUCUGGGUUGAGGAAUACGCCGGAAAUCGCGGACGAAUCCCUCCAGUAAAACGCAAAGGAUCUUAUUCUGUUCUUAUGGCUACUAUUGAGAAGUCGCAUACUAUAGUAAACUCUUUGAUUGAUACAAAGUCAUUGGACACUUUGGGAUUGGUCAUUGUAGAUGAGCUGCAUAUGGUCGGUGAUGGUGGGCCGCGUGGCGCGUGCCUAGAAAUGGUUCUGACUAAAUUGCGAUUGGCUUCUCCUACCACUCGUAUUAUUGGCAUGAGUGCUACACUCGCCAACAUAUCUGAAUUAACUGGUUUUUUGAGCGCAGAAUUGUAUGUCAACAACUUUCGUCCUGUCAAGUUGGUUGAAUAUGUAAAAGUCGGUGAUCAUAUGUACGAGAUUACACCCAAGAAAUUUCCUACAUCUAACUCUAAAGAUAAUGAUAUUGCUGAUAGACUCGCUCAUCGUCGAAUGCUAGACUUUCAGUAUACAAAGAAGUUGAUUUCUCGAGAUCCAGAUCAUCUAGUUGCACUUGUUGCAGAAACUCUACUUGGUCAUUCAAUGGAUGAUUGGUGCAGCAAUCGACUUUUCCAUUCAUCAUUUAAUCGGUCAUCUAAACACAGAUUUUCUUGUUUAGUAUUUUGUCCAACUAAGGUCCACUGUGAGAAUACAGCCAGAAUGUUGGCAGAACUUCUACCGAUCUCAGCAUGUUUCCCUCAUUCAAAUGAUGAAGAUUAUACAGUAGAGAAAAAUAUUGUUGAACAGAGAUCACUACUACUGGAAAAUUUGCGUCUUGAUAAUGUAAUUGAAGCUAAUAAUAGAGAUGGUCCAAAAGAAAAGGCUCAAGCUUGUUGUCCAGUGUUGGAGUUUACAGUUCCAAAAGGAAUAGCCUAUCAUCAUAGUGGACUUACACAGGAAGAGAGAAAUGCACUAGAAACAGCAUAUAAUGAAGGGGUUCUCCGGGUGUUGUGUUGCACGUCCACAUUAGCUGCCGGUGUAAACCUACCAGCUAGAAGGGUGAUUAUUCGAAAACCCUAUAUCGGUAGCUUAUUCUUAUCUGGUACACAAUAUCAACAAAUGGUUGGACGUGCUGGUCGGGCAGGUUUAGAUACUGUCGGUGAAAGUAUUACAAUAUUACAAACAAAUGAACUAAUACCAUUCGCCCAUAUGCUAUCUAGUAUACCUCAACCGUUAUUGGAUCCUAAGGAUGUUGAGGUGAAUAAUCAGUCAGUGGGUUUGUGCAAUAGUAGUUUGUUAUAUGAAAAUAGGAAGGGUUUACGACAACUUAUACUCUCACUGAUUGGUCUGGAGCUAGCUGUUACGUAUGCAGAUAUUCUUUGGUCAUGUGAGAAAACUUUAUUGGCGGCACAACCUCGUUUAUAUCAACCGGAUAGUUUUGAAGAUCUAGUUCGUCUUGAAUUAAAUUCACUAGUUAAAAUGGAACUUAUUGUAAUUGUCCCAACUGAUGCCUUUUUAAACAAGACAAAACCUGCUUUAGAAACAAAUGUUGUGCUAGAGAAAAGUCGAUUCCAGGCAACGAAGUUAGGUAGAGCAUCAGUGAAAGGUGGAAUUGAUACAGAUCGUAUUGGGUCUUUGGUGUCGGAUUUACGUGCAGCUGCCAGAGCGAUCAAUACUAGUGGCCCGUUACAUUUUCUCUACUUAAUUGCACCACCUGAAGUUGUAGAUACUAUUCAAAUCGACUGGAGUCUUCUUUUUGAUCGUGUCAAUCUUAUGCCACAGAACGAAACCAAUUUAGUCAGUCUUUUAGGAUUUCCUGAAGGCUAUAUUCUAUGGAAAGCAACUGGAUAUCCCAUAAAACGAAAACUAGAUGAACGACCACUUCGUCGGUUAUAUAUAGCUCUAGCUCUUUCUGAAUUAUGGCACAAUAGUUCAAAUUCCCCAAUAUGGUUUGUAGCUGAACGUUAUAAACUUUCACGUGGCGCUCUUCAGUCCUUACUGAGUUCAGCUGCAUCAAUGGCUAACUCAUUGGCACAUGCAUUAAUCAGCGAAUUUUCGAAUGAUUCAGAAUUAUGGGCUUUUGCACAUCUGCUCCCUGAAUUUGCUACAAAACUGGCGUAUUGUGUUUCGAGUGAAUUACUACCAUUAAUGGAGUUGCCGGGAGUAAAGAGGGCUAGAGCCCGGCAGUUGUACAGUCUAGGCUACUGUACUCUUAAAGAUAUUGCAUGUGCCAAUGCUUCUGAUCUCACCAGUCGUAUGGCCCCAUUUUUAUCCAGACGUGUGGCUAAAGAGAUGAUACAAGCUGCUCAAAUGUUGGUAUCAGAGAGAGCUGAUGCUCUUUUCCAGGAAGCAAGUGAAAUGCUAUCUGGAAUUGGAAAUAAAAGUCUACUUUCUCAAAUGGCUAAUUACUUGAAGUUUAAGCCAUUUCCUCAGGAUGCGAUCAGCCCAGUCAAUGGACAUGACGUCAAACUCAGUUCUUCUAAUGUGGCUGUAGAAGAAGAUGAAGAUUUAUUUUCAUGAUACUACUCAAAGUGAUAAUGAAAUUUUCUAUGCACAAGUUUACUUUUCUCCUUCAAAUGACUGAUCUCUAUAUUUUUUUCCUUGAAGUUUUUUGUCUUUCAAAAUAAUGUAAUUUGAUCUCAGCCUAAAUUUUCACUUGACAAAUCCGUUUGAUUUCUAAUAAAUGUUAUUUUCCAGAA